CCGUCACCCCCGCUCCCCGUAGGCGGAAGAGUCUCGCCCAGGACGGGGGGUAUUUGGGACACAGUUGUUAAUGGAAAAAUUCAUGUAUAAGUACAAAGUAAGAAGGGCAAUCUAAUCUUUGAGGAAAUGGCAGGAUUCCUAGACAACUUCCGGUGGCCAGAAUGUGAGUGUAUUGACUGGAGUGAAAGAAGAAAUGCCAUCGCUUCAAUAGUUGCGGGUGUAUUGUUUUUCACAGGUUGGUGGAUAAUGAUAGAUGCUGCAGUAGUUUACCCUAAGCCAGAACAAAUGAACCAUGCGUUCCAUACCUGUGGGGUGUUUUCAACGCUAGCUUUUUUCAUGAUAAAUGCUGUAUCAAAUGCACAGGUGAGAGGAGACAGCUACAGUGACGGAUGUUUAGGAAGAACAGGUGCUCGUGUCUGGCUCUUCAUUGGCUUUAUGCUGAUGUUUGGUUCACUUAUUGCUUCAAUGUGGAUUCUUUUUGGAGCAUAUGUUACACAGAACACUAAUGUUUACCCUGGAUUAGCAGUGUUUUUCCAAAAUGCGUUGAUAUUUUUCAGUACUCUGAUCUACAAGUUUGGAAGAACAGAAGAGUUAUGGGGAUGAGAGAUCACGUUAUAGCAUUGUCUAUUCCAUAGUUGCUAUGUCGUACUAUGUAUGUAGAUAUAUUUACAUUUAUUUGUUCUUGUUUUGCUUUCUAAAUUGUAUGAACUGAGACAAAUUACAGUUUCUGUAAUAAGCUCCCUCUUUUCACAGGACAGAUUUGUGAAUAUGUACAUAUGACUGUAUAUAUCUUCAAAAGGGAAUGUCAGGCUUUCUUUCUGAAAUCUUCAGGCUUAUUUCUUCAAAUACGUGGGUUUCCAUCAACUCCUCAGACUUCAUCUUCCAAACCUUCACAUAUGUCAGAGACUUCAGUGGAACUAUUAGUGAACAAGCAGGAUAAAGCCCGUACCCUGUAAGAGGGGUUACUACUUUUAUGCAUACGUGCGCUAGAGCCGAUUUUGCAAGGGCCGACAGGGAGGGUUGCCUGCGUAACCUGCAGGAGUAGUCAGCGCAGGGACGUGACCCAGCUAAGCCUGUAUUUAAUGAGGGUAAAUUCUCUUGUAUGCUGAGAUAAGAGCUGAUUUUAAGAAUUUUAUAUAACUGUUCAGAAAAAUAUAAAGUAGCUAUUUUUUUUGUAAAAGGUUAUGAAUUUUUAAACAAGGCCCUAUAUUAAGCAGGUUCUGCAUGGCAAAUCAAACUGUUCUUGACUUCCGAUUGCUAUAGCACAAAUGACAUUUGGUAGCACCACAGUCCUUCGAAUUAAUGUCAUGCUGUUCAGUGUAAUAGAUACCAAUUAGCAUUUAAUGUAUUGACUGAUAUUAGAGUAAAAAAACCCCACAAACUGGUGCCAGUCAUACUUAAGGAAUAUAAAGAAUAAAUGAGAGUCAGACUACCAUCUUUAAAAUUACGCUAGCAUAAUUUUCUUCAGGGGAAGCUUUUUUGCUGAUAAAUGAAGCGUUAUCCUGCUACCUAUUACCUUUGCUAUUUAAAAGGCGAGCAUUUCAAGUGGGGAUAUAGUAGAUGUAUUUAUUGCUCACAGUCUUACCUUGAAAUAAUUGCCAGUUUUAGGACUGCCAUUUGCCCCAGUUCAAAUGUAUUUAUCUCCUAAAUUUCAUGGGCACUUUAUGGGAAUGCUUCCAUUAUUGAAAUCCAGUUUCUUCUAGCUGGAGUAUACAGAAAGGGCGAACGAUGAUGUUUUAUGGCUUUGGACUGAUCUUGUAUAUUCAUCUUGCUGUUGGCGACUUCCUUAUCUUAUGAGUUCUACAUGGUUUUUAAAGCAUUUGACUCUACCUUGUGUCUAAAAGCUUUUAUAACUUUCCAUGUAUCAAGAUUGCUGACCAAAUGGUAUUAAACUGCAGAAUGUAACUUCUGUGCAUGGUUACUGUAUACUGUUAGUCAUCUAAUUGCUCCCUUGUGGGAAUCUCUCCAGUGGACAGAAUAUGAAGCAAAUACUGCAGCUGAAAUUGUGCUACUGGCUAGACUAACUUCAUCCUGAUUUCACCAUCCUGCAGUGAGUUACGAUAUAUUCACUGGUGUUAAUCAUAGCUUUGUACAUAAGUUGUCUGUAUGGUUGUAAUUUCAGAAAACUGCAAUAAACUUUAUCUUACGUUCUCAAAAUAGUGAACUUCACAAGGUAAUUGUACAGUAGUACUCAAUAGUUCAAGUAGUACUGACCUUUAAGCAAGUCUUACACCAGCUAGUAAGUAAAACCAAGGUUUUUGUUUUCAGGUCUGUCAGUUUCUUGCUCAGGAGCUUGGGGAUGUUUGUUGGCUUUUGUACUGAGAAACAAGUGUGGCCUGUAACUAAUCCCAUUUACAGCACCUGACACUUGAA